GGAGGUUGGCUUCUUAAAUUUAAUCAAAAAGUGUACUCUCACACUUAAAUCGCCAUUCAUAUCACACAAAACUCUCUCUUUCCUAACCUUUUCCUAAUUUCCUCUUCCUUUGUCUUUCACGGACGCAAUCUCGAGCUGGAAACUCAACAAUUCACCCAUUCUGCCCAACGUCCCAUCUGCUCUGCUCUUUUCUAUUGUUUCUUUACGAGUUUGCUCAUUAAAGUUGUUGUCUUUCGUCAUAAUUUGUAAUUCAGUAAUCGGUUUUAAUAGGGUUUUGCCUUGUGGGCAGCUCCUAUUUGGAUCCAUGGAUUUUUUCUUGUACUAUAUUGAGAUUUCUGGGGACAUGGACAGGGUGGCUACGCGUGAAUUAUUCUUGGGUUUUAAUUUUUGUGGCCAUUUAAGUUGAAGUUCAUGAUCUCUAUGCGCAAAGUGAGAUCGAAAUUUUCUAUCUUUAUUUUGUUGAAUUUGGCUUGAGUUUUCACUUGUUAUUAUCUUUAAAUUCCUUAGUUUUGAUAAUUUGGACAAAUGGAGGCUAGGAUAAGUGGGAAGUCUCAUCAUUUGUAUGGCCCAGCAGUGUCGGAUGUGAAGGCAGUUCAGAAAAAGAAUUUGGAAUGGGAUUUGAAUGACUGGAAAUGGGACGGCGAUCUUUUUACCGCCAGUCCAUUGAAUUCCCUACCAUCAGAUUGUGGGAGUAGACAGUUGUUCCCUAUUGGACCUGAAAUUACCACGAAUGUGGGGUUAGCUUCUUGUUCUGAUAAUAAUGGCUUGGGGAAUGACAAAGGAAAGAGAGAAUUGGAGAAGAGGAGGAGGGUUGUGGCUGUUGAAGAUGAAGACUUCACCAAUGAGGGUGGCUCCCUUAAUUUGAAACUCGGUGCUCAAGCCUAUCCAAUCAUGGAUGAAGAUGCAAAGAGUGGGAAGAAGACUAAAAUUUCAGGGAAUGCUUCAAAUCGUGCGGUUUGUCAGGUGGAGGAUUGUAAGGCUGAUCUAAGCAAUGCCAAGGAUUAUCACCGGCGGCAUAAGGUUUGUGACAUGCAUUCCAAAGCCAGUAAGGCACUGGUGGGAAAUGCUAUGCAACGGUUUUGCCAGCAAUGCAGCAGGUUUCAUGCUCUUCAAGAGUUUGAUGAAGGGAAAAGAAGUUGUCGGAGGCGCUUGGCUGGCCAUAACAAGCGGAGGAGGAAGACGCAUCCUGAAAAUGUAGCUAAUGAAGGUUCCUUGAAUGAUGAAAAAAGUAGUAGCUAUCUAUUGAUAAGUCUGCUAAGGAUUCUUUCCAAUCUGCACUCAAAUGGCUCUGAUCAAACAAAGGAUCAGGAUCUGCUUUCUCAUCUAUUAGGAAACCUGGCCAAUCUUGCUGGUACAACUAGUGGAAGGAGCAUAUCGGGAUUACUCCAAGGUUCCCAAGGUUUAGUCAAUGCAGGGACAAGUGUUGGGACUCCUGAAAAGGUGACACACAAGAUUACAAAUGGUUCUGAAUCUGCUGGGCCUUCUACAUCAGCUUAUAAGAAAGAUGAUUACAUUAAUUCUGAGGACCUGUUGAGGUGUCUGGGCCAAUGUGGGACUAUACCUGCUUCUGAUUUGGCACAGAAAAGAUUAUUCAUUAAUGAUUCCCAGAAUCAAGCUCCAGAAGCUAUAUCAGGUUCACAGUCCACAGCAUUGUUCCCAUCAAUCCGUCCAGCCAAAGUAAAUGAUCCAGAAGCUGUACUAGGAAGGACCAAGUUUAAUAACAUUGACUUGAAUAAUGUUUAUGAUGGUUCACAGGACUGUAUAGGGAACCUAGAGAGGUCUCUUGCCCCUGUUAAUCCAGGGGCAGGGUCUAUUAACUGCCCUUCUUGGAUAGAGUCAAACUUUCAAAAGAAAAGUCCACAACAGAUGAGUGGAAACUCAGAUUCAAUUUCUUCACAGUCACCUUCUAGUUCCAGUGGAGAUGCUCAGAGUCGUACGGAUCGAAUUGUUUUUAAACUCUUUGGAAAAGACCCAAAUGAUUUUCCCAUUGCUCUGCGUACACAGAUCCUUGAUUGGCUAUCUCACAGUCCCACUGACAUUGAGAGCUAUAUAAGGCCCGGCUGUAUCAUAUUAACUAUAUAUCUUCGCCUGCGGGAACCUCAAUGGCAAGAGAUAUCCCUUCAUUUGGGUGCCAAUUUGACUAGGCUUCUUGAGUCAUUCACUGACUCUUUUUGGAGAACAGGAUGGAUUUAUGCUAGAGUGCAGCAUUCUUUAUCCUUUAUUUAUAAUGGUCAAGUUGUUUUAGACACACCCUUAUCUCUAAAGAGAGGUAGAAAGUGCAGGAUCCUAAGCAUCAAACCAGUUGCAGUGACAUUAUCUGAGAGAACUCGUUUUGUAGUCAAGGGCUUCAACAUUUUUCAGCCUACCACUAGGUUACUAUGUGCUCUAGAAGGAAAAUAUUUGGUUCAGGAAACUUCUUACGACUUGAUGGAUGGUGUGGAUGCAAUCAAUGAGCACGAGAAGCUUCAGUGCUUGAGCUUGCCUUGUUCUAUUCCCAAUGUAACAGGAAGAGGCUUCAUUGAGGUUGAGGACCAUUGUCUUAGCAGCAGCUUCUUUCCAUUUAUAGUUGCGGAGCGAGACGUGUGUUCAGAGAUCUGUGUGCUGGAAGAAGCAAUUGAGGUCACUGAAACUGUUGACGACAGGCAUAAAAAUCCUGAGAGAAUAGAAGCCAAGAAUCAAGCCCUGGACUUCAUACAUGAAAUGGGUUGGCUUCUACACAGAAGUCGCUCAAAGUUUAGGCUGGGUCACUUGGAUCCCAACUCAAACUUCUUCCCCUUCAAACGGUAUAAGUGGCUCAUAGAAUUCUCCAUGGAUCGUGAUUGGUGUGCGGUAGUGAAGAAACUCCUGGCGGCCCUGUUUGAUGGAACAGUAGAUACUGGAGAGUAUUCAUCGAUUGAGCUUGCAUUGUUGGAUAUGAGUCUGCUCCAUCGAGCCGUGCAGAGAAAUUGUAGACCUAUGGUGGAAAUGCUGUUAAAGUAUGUCCCAGAUAAACAAUCCAGUAAAUCAGGAGAACAAAAGCAAGAAUACAACUUCCUAUUUAAGCCUGAUGUUGUUGGGCCAGCUGGGUUGACUCCCCUUCACAUUGCAGCUAGUAAAGAUGGCUCUGAAAAUGUGUUGGAUGCCUUAACGGAUGAUCCUGGGAUGGUGGGAAUCCAAGCAUGGAGGAUAGCUCGCGACAGUACAGGUUUGACACCAAAUGAUUAUGCAUGCCUGCGAGGAUUCUACUCUUACAUUAAUCUUGUACAGAAGAAAAGGAAUAAGAAAGCAGAAAAAGGGCACGUGGUGCUUGACAUCCCUGGAACCCUCCUAGAUUGCAGCAGCAAACAGAAAGAAGGGCUUAGAACAUCAACAGUUGGUGGCUUCGAAAUUGGGACAAUGGAAAUGAUGAACAAAACGCGGCAAGUUUGCAAGUUUUGUGAACAGAAGGUGGGUUUUGGCCACAGAAGAACGUCACUGGUGUACAGGCCAGCGAUGCUGUCGAUGGUGGCCAUCGCUGCGGUAUGUGUGUGUGUGGCUCUGCUCUUCAAGAGCUCUCCUCAGGUUGUAUAUGUGUUCCAGCCUUUCAGGUGGGAGUUGUUGAAGUAUGGGUCAAGCUGAGUUGGUCAGAUAUGCGUGACUGAAUCUGAACAUAUAUAUUCUUCCUAUACAAAAUAAAGUAGAGGUCCUCCUGCUAAUUAUGUGUAUUUAUGAUUUAGUUGGAAAUCUAAUGUAUUGUAUUUGUAUAUGUAUUAAAAAUAGUUCAUUUAAGUUUAGUGUUAUACUUAGUACUAGUGUUAGUAGGAAAAUUUAUACAUAUGAGCCUUUGUAUUGUACUUUUUUCAAAUAAAACACUACUAAUCAAGCAUUCAAAAAUC